AGACAUUUGACAAAAAGAUGGCAGAGAAUGCCGUCUGCUGCCUUACGUAUUUAUUGCAAAAAUGGCGCAUUAUGUGAUAUUUUCACAUGAAUUACAAAUUAUAAGUGAAAAAUUGUGUCGUGUUUCGUUGUGAUGGUGUGAUUUUUCCUAUGAAUGACAGUGAUUUUUGUGUGUCAAUAAGACAUCGACAUAUUUUGGGAUAUUGGAUUACACAUAAUAUAAAGUGACAAUGGUGGUGGGUGAGAGCAAACGCACCGCCAACAUCAUGGACGGCAUCGAGAACACUGGCGACGUUCGUCUCCACGACCAUCGACUGCGUCUCAAACAGAGAUUUGAUAUAGUAAGGAAAUUGGGGCAGGGGACAUAUGGGAAGGUCCAGCUAGGUAUCAACAAGAAGACAGGACAGGAAGUGGCUAUUAAGACUAUAAAGAAAUGCAAGAUUGAGACUGAGGCUGACCUUAUCCGCAUACGGAGGGAGGUUCAGAUCAUGUCUUCCGUCAGACAUCCGAACAUUGUACACAUAUAUGAAGUAUUCGAGAACAGUGAAAAGAUGAUUUUGGUCAUGGAAUAUUGUUCCGGCGGUGAACUCUACGACUACCUUAGUCAGAAAAAAGUAUUAGAAGAAGACGAAGCCAGAAGGUUAUUCCGGCAGAUAGCAACAGCUGUAUAUUACUGUCAUAUACAUAAGAUAUGUCAUAGAGAUUUAAAAUUAGAAAAUGUGUUGUUAGAUGACACAGGUAGUGCCAAGAUUGCCGAUUUCGGUCUUUCAAACGUUUUUAAGGAGACUUCACUGCUGUCAACAUUUUGCGGAUCCCCACUGUAUGCUUCACCCGAAAUAGUCAAAGGAACUCCAUACAUCGGACCUGAGGUCGAUUGUUGGUCACUGGGAGUUUUAUUAUACACUCUAGUGUAUGGAGCUAUGCCUUUCGACGGUUCAAAUUUCAAACGUCUGGUCAGACAGAUAAGCAACGGCGAUUACUAUGAGCCUAAGAAUCCAUCAACGGCGUCCCCACUAAUAAGGGACAUGCUGACGGUGGAUCCACUGAAACGUGCUGAUAUCGCAUACAUAUGUGAUCACCCGUGGGUGAACACCGGCUGCCAGACGUCAUGUCUUGAGAUGGCGGAGGCCCUGGCGGCGGAGACUCCAGUGAGACUUGACCUGCUCCUGUCUCUGGCGCCCGCAGCUCCCUCCAGCUCUAACAGUGUCGUUGUACCCCCUGAGGCUGAUUUGGGCACAGAAGAGAGUUGUACCGACCUUACCAGUUCAACAUCCAUGGCGGUCGAACCGAGCAACUCGGCUGAGAAGAGGAUAUUGGAAUUAGUUGCGGAGGGUGGCGAGGAUGCCAUUAAGCCGUCACCCACGCGCACCCUGGUGUCGGCUGACCACAAGAGGAAAAUGGACUCGCUCAAGGACAGAGUCGCCAGUUGUGCCAGUAUGGGACCCACGCCCCCAGUACUACCCGAGGAGGACACUAAGUUAGAGUCACCGUCUGCAGAUAACAUCGAAGAUGAGUUACAGGCUGUCCAGUCCACUCUCAAAACAUCGGCCACGAUUACAAUAGCGCCGGCUCCGGUGCAAACUCAAGAGAUACACGAACCUGUCAAGAAUAUCGAACCAUCUCUAGAAGAACAGAAGGAGAAACAAAAACAGAAAGUCAUCAAGAAGGUGUCCCCGCAGAAGGUCGAGGAGAAACACAAUAAAGUUGAAGAGACUAAGGAAGAAAAGCCAGCUCUAGUGCCCCAAGUGGAUAAAAUCACAGCGGUGUCAACACCACAAGUCGCGGCUAUGCCGUCUCCGACGAACGUGCCGGCUAAACCUAAGAAAUUGUCUAUAGGUGGUCACGUGGGCAACUUUAAAGAACAGUUUGAGAGGCGCGCUUCACUGACCACGGCGCCGGAUAUUAAGAGGAAUGUAACGAAACCUGUUGUCUCCAAGAUCGCUAAGCCUAAGGCUCAGAGCGAAGACCGCGAGCUGAGCGCCAAGUCGCCCGACACCGGCUCCGUGAGGCUGCAGCAGAUUGGUAUUGAACCAUCACAGUCGUCUUCAAACACGACCGAGCCUCGCGAGACACGCGGCGUGUUGAAGACGGAGAGCGAGCCAGCGCACUGCAACACUAGGGUCGACCCCGCGGCUCUGCUGCAGGACGCUAGAAGGAGUCUUCAGAACUCAAUGGCAAAGUUGACGGAGGAGAGACUGGGUGAAGACAGUCGAAGACGCGCGGCGCGGGACAUUAUAUCAUCAGCUAUACGCACAGGCAAGCCGCCCGUCCCGUACGGUCGUUCGUCGUCAGCGGGCGUGGCGAGUCUGGUGUCGCCUCCUAGCACUCCGCCCGCGCCGACCGCUACUAACGCCGCCUCGCCGCGGGUCUUCAGGACGGAGGCCAUGCAUCGCGUAGAAGAUCACAGACCCAGGGGCAUGUCUGUGGAGCGUAUCAUACCUAUAACGAUGUCUGGCGAGGAGCAACCGCCACGUGGCUCGGUGACGCCGGUGUCGCCGCCAGCGUCACUCACGUCGCCCACCAGCGGCAGGGUCACACAGACGCCGAUCAGACGUUUGACGUCGUCGGAUUCUACGACGGCCAGCGAGGCGGGUGGGGAGCCGAUCAAGAAGUCGGCCCGCGAGUUCAUCAUACCCAUCGCGGUGGAGGGUAAGGGGUACGUGACACCCAGGCAACGAAGCCUCGAACCUGACACGGCCACGCACCGACGAACCAGACCGCGCCGCAUGGGAAGCCUCGUGAGCGGCGGCGAGUCUGAGGAAGAGGACGACGCUCACAUGCACAGGCUGAGGUCGACCCGCGCCGCCCGCGCCGAGUCCGUCAGCUCCGGUGAAGAGGACGAGGAGGACGAAGGCUUCCAUCUCCUCACAGCCGAGAAUCUUUUCUCCACUUUACUACAUAGAGUCCGCGCUCUCACCCAGCGUCUGAACGGCGAGGAAGGUCCGGGCUUCCAACACCCACACUCGCUGUUCAACAAUCUGCAGUCGCCGUUCUUCAACAGCCCGCAUUUACCUCGACGACAUCUUUUGCGCGAGGGCUGGGGCAGUCGUGAUCUUCACGCCCCGUUCGAGUCUCUGUUCUCUUCGCGACCCUCUCGAGGCAGUAAUAAGAAAACCGGCAAGCACCGACCGCAACCCACGCAUAACACGGAGGCGUCAACCGAGGCGCUAGACCUCUCAGACCUGGACUUGACCUCGAUAGAAUUCUCGGAGCGCGAGAUGGCGGCGCUGUCGGGCCUCACACCGGCGUUAUCGCGCCGUCUGCAGAGGCAGCUCUUGGCGCACUUGCCGCCGCGGGCCGCCGCACGUCUAAGACGCACGCUGUCUCUACAUUCGCCCGCCACCGACUCUACAAUCUCUGGUCCUACCUCUAGCAGCCCCACUACCACCUGCUCCGCAGCUACCAGCCCUACGUCCGGUAUUAUUGGCUCUUCGACUGACCGUCCGCCGUAUACGCGAUGCCGCUCCGCCGGUCAAGCCGAAGACACGAGCAUCGAUCACAACGAAACAAUAGCACUCGAACGUCCCUCCGGAAUCGAAAACGAGACAGUUCUUGACGACUUAAAAUCUGAAUCACACUCUGACCUGCCCGUAUCUCAAUUUUGCACACUACCUCGCUUGCGACGACGGUCUUCCGUAAUGGCCGAAGCUAAAUCUCCUAGCGAUGUCAUAAACGAUAGCGCGCAAAUUCUGGAACGACCGUCUCAAGAAUCUACUAGCUCUAAAGUUGGUAGUGUGCGUUGCACCCCAGAACGUCCUCUACUCAGUAAAUAUCUAGCGCCGGAGCGAAAUCACUCGUUAGACGAAACCUGUUCAUUGGAAAGUGGAAGCAUACUUUCUGACCCCAGUUACAUUGCUGCUUAUGGCCCAUCUAAUGUAGGAAAUGCUUCCGGUCUUGGCUUUAGAAGACACUCGCUCAGAUUGAGCGGUGAACAAGGUAAAAAACGCAUCUCGAGGUUUCUUCGUUCUGAUUUCUUUGACACCCCAGCUGACGAAAACUUAUACGCUAAGCAUAAAAAAGAAAAGGAGCUAGAAACGCAAAAAAUAUUAAAAGAAAUACGGGAAAAGAAAAAUAAAUCUUUGGAAUGCGCCAAAAGUCCCACGGAAACCAAUGAAUUUAGGUUUGGUGUGAAAGACGAAAGUUCCGUUAAAAAAUGUCUUUCCCCUGUGGGAAACUUGUUAUUAAAAGAUCGUAGCAGAUCUAAUACCCCAUUCUUUCCUAUUUUAGAUAAUAUUAAAGAAAGCGCUCUAGAUUCUACUUCCAUUCAACCUCUUAAAGUAAUACCGCAGGAGACCGAUGAACUAGUAUGUAAAGAUAAAAUUAAAGAAAGUACUUUAACUAACGAAUCAAAAAUGAUGAGGCCAAAGAGUUAUCCAAUUAAAAAUUUGGAUUCCUAUGACGAUGCUAAUAAAAAUGCCGUAUCAUUGGAAAUCUCUGAUAAAUCUCAAAAUAUAAUCGAGGAGAAGAAAGUCAGUAAGGAAUCUAAAUUAAUGCGACCAAAAAGUUAUCCUACGGGCAGUCCUUCACCAGAAAAGAUUUAUAUUAAUCGUAAUACUAAAAAAGAUGAAACGAAUGAUUUUAAGGAUAUCGAUAAUGGCAAAGAAAAUAAGCCCGACAUAGAAGUGAGUUUUAAUCUAACGCUCCCGAAAAAAACCAAACCAAUUGUUAAAAAUUCAGAUACAAUUAAGAAAGUUGAAGAUCCAAACAAUGAAAAUAAAAAAGAUAUAGAACCAACGUUGCAUCUAAAGAGAUAUCAAAUCGUUAAUGAACUUAAACCGGAGAAUAAGGAUGCUAAGGUUAAUCAAAGCAACCCAAUUGAUACCACUACAAAAGUUAAGAAAAGUUUGAUGCUAAAAGAUGACACUAAAACUACCGCCACAGAUAAUCAAACUGAUGACAAGAAGUGUGUAAAAAAGAAAGUUGUAAAACGAGUAUCCUCAAAGUCUAAGACCGAUUUGAGUAUUUCUGAUUCCAAUGAACCGAAACCAACUGUCGAAAAAAAGAAAGUUACCAAAAAGAUAAAAGAUAAAUCUUGUGAUGACUCUAAAACUACUGUUACAAAAAAGAGAUCAGUUUUGCAAUCUAUUGGACAUAAAUUAGAAAAAUUCGCUUCCUCUAAAUCAAACUCUCCUGAAAAAACAUGCAAUAAUAGUAAUAUAACAGGCGGACUAUCUAAAACAUCUAGCGCUUCUAACAGAACUCAGCGAGAGCAAUCAGUUCCUGCCAUUGUUGACCCUCCGACGGAAUCGAACCUUCUAAAGAGGGCUGUAACUAUCACUGACGUAGCUGCGCUUGAUAAUAAUCAAAAUAAUAGUAUACAAAAUAAGACAACCGUUUCCAAAGUCUUAGGGUUGUUUAAGAAGUUUGAAACUAAAGAAAAAAUUACCGAACCGAUAUCAGAGUACAAAGUACCCGAAAACUCAGGCAACGGUACAAAUUUAAUUAAAAAUAGUAAUACCUCAAAAUCCAAUGUUGAUUCCGAGGAGAAAGCUAAACGACCCACUUCUCUUUUAUUAAAUGGUUUAGGGCGUAAGAAUAGGUAUAGCAGGUCGUCUAGUGAUGACAACAGUAAAGAAAUAGUUGAAAACGAAGACCAGCAAGUACUUAAAAAGAAGGAAGCUGAUACCAAAAAUAUCAGAAAUACUCUAAGAUUAGAUUUCUCACGAUUGCCAAGAGUAAAGAAAAUAGUUCCUACGAAUCCUGUGAUAGAACCUCAAAUUUUUAAUAACUCUGAUAUUGAAAAGGAUACCGAUAUUAUAGAAAAAAAUGGAAUUGUAAAUGACCAUAAGUCGAAUGUAGAUUUAAGUGAUACUCAAACACGCAGUCGAUCUAGAAGUAGAUCGACGUAUUCCAAUUCUGAUAUCAAAUCAGACUUAGGUGUUAAAGAAAAGAAAGUUGUCUCUGAUGUUCCUCUUCCCCACUGUAAUGUACGGAGUCACGAAUCGGUAACACCUGAAAAGGAAGAUAUCGUAGACAGGAUACGUAGAAAAAGUUUUUAUUCUCGAUUCAAUGAAAAGAAACAGAGGAGGAAAAGCAAUUUGGUAGGACCUGGAGCAGUUGAAUACGAUCCAUUGGCAAGAAUACACUCUCAAGUAUCGGAAUCUAAGUAUGACACAUCUCCGACAUCGCCGGGAACUUACGAUUUAUCUCCUGGACUAUCAGUUGGCUCCGAUGUAUCGCCAUCAGCAGAACGCUAUAGAUCUCUCUUAACAGAUUUGUCAUUAAACACAAGAAACAAUUCCAGAUACGACGGUGGGAACGAAAAAAUUGAUAUGUACCGAUCCCUCGACAGAAACGACUUCAGAAAAUAUCCAAGCAGCAAGAGCUAUUUAGAUUACGAACAACCGCUAUCGUACAAUCCCAACCGAUAUUCCAGGACGAAAUCUUUGUUCGACAGUUCCGAUGCCUCCGAGGAUUAUAAUACAUUCGUCCUUCCAAGAGAAACACAGAAAUAUAAUCGGACCAAUUCCCUAUUCUCACCGGGCAGCUACGCCACAUAUAGACCCAAAAGAACCAGAAACUCCGCUAUAAUACUUAAGGAGAGCGAAAAAGAGCCCAGCCCCGAGAACAUAUUAGAUAAAAUACGACAGCGAAAAAUAUCAAUCAGCGUUACGAGAAAACCAGACGUUGAGAAGGAAUCGACGCCGAGAUCCAAUAUCUCACCAAAAGGCGAAAGCGACGGUUCAGAACGCUCUACGAAAAUUGACUGAGAGACGCUAUUGACGCUACCAUUGUGGUCGUAUUUUUUAAUCUGAACUAAUUCUCUAAUAACAUGCCAAUUGAAUACUCGAAUGUCAAAUAUACUUUACUUCCGAUACCAACAAAGAUUUCUUGCCAACAAAUAUUACGGUGUGUUUGAGUGCGGGUUUUACACUGAUAUCUGUGAAUCCAUACAUAUACUAUAAUAAAUAUAAGUCAAAAGAAAGCAAAUCGUUGCAGACAAAGGCAGUUGUUACCAUUGUUACGUUGCAUAAUUAAAAGUGUAGCAUAUCAACUGUAUAAGGUUCGGAGAUAUCAGUCUUGUGUAGUUUAUAUUUAUUUUUGAACGGUCCUCGUUGCUCUUAAUUACAAAUAAUUUGGAGAACUCAUUUUGGAAUCUCAUAUUGUUUAUUGAAUUUUUUGAAAAAAACAAUCGUUAUUUACCUUUAAAAUUGAACAUUGGCUGCAAAUACUUAAUAUUCGCAUAUGUACUGUGGUGAAUUGAUCUUAUGUGCCUUUAUAACAUAAGCAACUGGUUUUAAAUUACAUUGUUACACAAGUUUUAGGCUUUUGCACAAAGGUUUUAUGUUUAAUGAUAAUAUUAUUUUACAUAAUAUUAAUUGUUGGUAUACUAAGUCAGUUUUAAGUUUAAAUGUUUAUGAUGACCACGUAGUAUUUGACUGCUUAGUCGAGGCGAAACAGUAAUCGAAUAGAAUGGUGCUUAGUUAAAGGUUUUCUUAGGUGUAAUUCAUGUUAUAGAUGAGCCGUUCACUGUGCGUAGGAAUGUACACUAAUAUUAAAAUAGCUAUUACGUCGUUAGGAGGUUAUCUCUGGAGCUACUGAACGGAAAACUCAGAUAUCGGAAAGCCAGUAAAGUAUGAUGUGAUGGUUUAAAAAUUAGAGAAUCUAUUUUAUUAGUCUCUAAACAAGUGUUCUAGAUGAAACAGUAUCGUGUUUUUUGUUGCCAUUUUUAAAGAAAUGAAAUGUCAAUGACAUCUAGUCUAAGUUGGUUUGGCUGUUUGUAAAGCAAUAAUUUUGUCGUGGCUCUUUAUUUUAUUUUUUUCGUCAUUAUUAAUUUAUUGAUUUUUAUAAUUACAAUAGAAAUGUAUUAAUUAUUUAUUAGUGUGCAGUGAUUAUUAAUUUUUAGGUAAUUUGAAAUGUUUUGAAUAUUAUAUAGUUGACACACGUUUUAUAUUAUGUAUGUGAAUAAAUUAUAUAGUUUAAACAAA